GGCGGCCCGGGCAGCGCCGCCAUGGCGACGGCCGCGGAGCGCAGGCCGCUGCCCAGCCCCGAGGCGAUGCUGGGACAGCCCUGGAGCCUGUGGGUCGAGGCGUCCAAACUUCCCGGGAAGGACGGGACGGAAUUGGACGAAAGUUUGAAGGAGUUUGGGAAAAACCGCGAAGUCAUGGGGCUCUGUCGGGAAGACAUGCCAGUAUUUGGUCUCUGUCCAGCCCAUGAUGAUUUCUACUUGGUGGUGUGUAACGACUGUAAUCAGGUUGUCAAACCGCAGGCAUUUCAGUCACAUUAUGAAAGAAGACAUACCGCAUCCAGCACGCCCUCCCUGGCCGUCCCUCCCGCUGCAGCAUUCCCCUUCUUCCCUUCCCUGUCCAAAAGCAAAGGAGGUGGUGCAAGUGGAGGCAGCCGCUCUUCCGGCACAGGGGUUGUGAGCACACCUUCAUCCAGUUCCAGGUUAUUAAAGUCACCCAAAGAGAAACCGCAGCUCAGGGGGAACACAAGGCCAAUGCACCCCGUGCAGCAAGGCAGAGGCCCCCACAGCAGAAUCAUGACGCCCUCUGUGAAGGUGGAAAAGAUUCAUCCAAAGAUGGAUGGCACACUACUGAAACCCGCGGUGGGGCCAACCUGCCCUGCUCCUGUGAGUUCCUCAGUCAAGCCUGGCCUUAACUGCCCCUCAAUACCAAAGCCAACCUUGCCUUCACCUGGACAGAUUCUGAAUGGCAAAGGGCUUCCUGCACCGCCGACUCUGGAGAAGAAAUCGGAAGACAGUUCCAGUAGUAGGAAGUUUUUAAAUAAGAGACUGUCAGAGAGAGAGUUUGAUCCUGACAUCCACUGCGGGGUCAUAGAUCUUGACACCAAGAAGCCCUGCACCCGGUCUCUAACAUGCAAGACACAUUCCUUAACCCAGCGGAGGGCUGUUCAGGGUAGAAGAAAACGAUUUGAUGUGUUAUUAGCCGAGCACAAAAACAAAACCAGGGAAAAGGAAUCGAUCCGCCAUCUGGACUCUCAGCAACCACUGCAGCCGCUCAGGGACCCGCACCCCACCCCUCCCCGCACGCCCCAGGAGCCGCACCAGUCCUCGCACGGAGUGGCUCCUUCGGAAUCAAAGCCUUUCGUAGUUAGUAAACCGAAACCUCACACCCCCAGUCUUCCAAGGCCUCCAGGCUGCCCUGCUCAGCAAGGUGGGAGUGUCCCCGUUGACCCUCCACCAGCCUUUGAGUCUCCACACCCUCCCCUGCCUGCCUCUGAGCCAGCUUCUCGGUUAUCCAGCGAGGAGGGUGAAGGCGAUGACAAGGAAGAGUCUGUUGAAAAACUGGACUGCCAUUAUUCAGGUCGCCACCCUCAGCCAGCGUCUUUUUGCACAUUCGGGAGCCGGCAAAUUGGCAGAGGCUAUUACGUGUUUGACUCCAGGUGGAACCGACUGCGCUGUGCCGUCAGCCUCAUGGUGGAGAAGCACCUGAAUGCGCAGCUAUGGAAGAAAAUUCCACCGGCGCCCAUCACCACCUCGCCCAUCUCCACACGUGUUCCUCACCGGACAAACUCUGUGCUGACGUCGCAGUGUGGGGUUGGCUAUCUCCCGGCAGCCACUGUCUCCACACCCCCAGUUCUGCUCACAUCACCCUGCAUCUCCCCAAACAGCAAAUCGGUACCAGCUCACGGAACCACGCUGAACGCACAGCCGGCCGCCUCGGGGGCAGUGGACCCUGCGUGCGGCCUGCAGUCCCGACAGGUGUCCUCCUCAUCCCCAUCCCCAUCCCCGUCCACACCCUCCAGUCUCUCUUCAGUCCCCUCCUCACCCCUGGCGAGGAAACCUCAGAAGUUGAAAUCCAGCAAGUCUUUGAGGCCCAAGGAGUCUUCUGGCGACAGCACUAACUGUCACAACGCCAGCAGCGGUAACAGUGGUGGCUCAGGAAAGAAACGCAAAAGCAGCUCCCCGCUGCUGGUUCAUUCUUCCUCUUCUUCUCAUUCCACGGAGUCCUUUAGGAAACACUGUGUGGCUCACUCUGGGCCGCCCCCCUUGCCCACAGUGACAUCCUCCCACGGCAUGGGCCUCAACUGUGUGACCAACCGCGCGUACUCGGGGAGCCUCCGGCACGAGCAGCUGGGGAGGGGCCCUCCUGGCGGGAGCCCCGCGGAGUCCAUCAAGCGCAUGAGUGUCAUGGUGAACAGCAGUGACUCUACACUCUCCCUUGGCCCGUUUGUGCACCAGGCCAGUGAGCUGCCUGUCAACUCCCAUGGCAGUUUCUCCCACUCACACACUCCUCUGGACAAGCUCAUAGGAAAGAAGAGAAAGUGUACCCCGGGCUCAAGCAGUGUCAACAACAGCAGUAGCAAACCCACGAAAGUUGCCAAAUUGCCACCCAUGAACAACGUCCACAUGAAACACACAGGCACCAUCCCUGGGGCACAAGGCCUGACAAGCAGUCCCCUCCUUCACCAGGAUGUCUCCUCACCUUGCUUCCGAACAGAAAUUGCAGCAGCAGCACCCCAGAGCCCUGACAUAAAAUCCAAAGGCGCGCCCCUGACCGCCGAGAACAGCGUGGGGAGGAGCGAGCCGGACCCUGUCACAGACGUGCUGCGCCUGCCCUCGGCACGCUGGACUCCCUGACGCCUGAGUCUUCGAGGCGUCCUUGGCCUUGAGGGCACCUGCUAGGCAGCCGUGCCUGAGGAGCUCCCGGGGCUGUGUCCGGAGCAGUGAGUACUCCUGAAGGACGCAGGGCAGGGCAGCGGCCAGACCGCCUGCAUCAGUGUUAGGGCGAUCUGGACUGCUUGCUACCAGUCUGUGAGAAGUUGCUGUUGUUGUGGGUUAGCUGUAGUAUAUCAUGGAGCCACUCUUCAGGUUGAUGGGCUGGGCAAGAACUUGACUGUAGGUGUUCCCUUCCCCCGUCCUGCCCAUUACUUGCACACUGUCUGCUCUAGGCCACGCUGCAGCAGGUAGGCACCUUAGCCCUGGAGCCCGGGGCCUUUCCAGAGGAGGGGACGCUGCGUCCUGAGCAAGCCCCAGCGACUCACGGGGGCU